UGUUCCACUAGAGGAUCAAAUGGAAGAAUUGAUGGGGCGGGAGCGAUGGCGCGGUGUUCGAUUCGGCAGCAGGGAUGUGGGAGGAGAAAGCAAAGCUGGAAGAAAGAUUCUCGAGCUCUGAUCCCUCUUCGCGUGGUUUUGUCCGGCAGUGAUCUUACAAAAACUCUAUCGUUGACUUGAGAGCUUCAAGAACUAUAGCUUCAUGUGCUUUAUAACUUGAUGGUCUCAAGCGAGAGAACAAGGGAUUCAUGGAGUUUCCAGUCUACUUUCUUGUAGCUUUGGUGGUGUGUUUUUUGGGAAGAUCUUUGCUGCAAAGUAGAAAGAGGUUGCCUCCAUCUCCGUGGGGACUGCCUUUGAUUGGUCACGUCCAUCAUCUGUCUAGGCUGCCUCACCAAUCCUUCCAAAACUUAUCCAGAAAGCUUGGAGGGAUUAUGUAUCUAAGACUUGGGAUGACUCCAGCCAUUGUGAUUUCCAGUCCAGAUCUAGCGAAAGAGGCACUGAGAAGCAAUGAUUCUAGCUUUGGCUUCAGACCAUACCUGUUGGUUGGGGAAUAUCUCACUUACAACUUUAAGGGGAUUGGUUUGUCUAACGGUGAUCACUGGAAGAACAUGAGGAAGAUCUGUAUCACCGAGCUCUUCUCAGUCAAGCGCCUGGAAUCCUUCCGAGGGCUGAGGCUUGCGGAGGUCUCUCACUUGGUCUCACGGCUUGCUCAAGCAUCCAAGAGCCAGAGCGUCGUCAAUGUGAGAGAACUUGUCACUGAUUUCAAUUUCAACAUAGUGAGCCAGAUGCUCAUGAGCAAGAGAUUCUUUGGGAACAAGAACUUGGGCGGGGAGGAAAUAGAAGAGGCUAGACAGCUCAGAGAAGUCCUGGAGGUUCCACAUAAGUGAGUUCGUCCCGGCUUGGCUGAGAUGGAUUGAUUGGAACAUCCCACAUGCGAGAAAAAUUGUGGCCAAGCAAGAGAAGUUCUUCAAAAAAAUAAUCCAAGAGCACAAAUCUAGCCAGAAGUCCCGCCCUGUGAUGGAUUUUAUGGAUAUCUUGCUACAACACCAAGAAGACGAGGAGGUCGCCAAAGCCACCUUGAUGGAACUCCUUGCAGCAGGAACAGACACCAGUGCUUGUACGACAGAGUGGGCGCUGCUGGAACUUCUCAACAAUCCAGAGAUAAUGAGGAAAGCACAGGAGGAACUCGAUACUGUUGUGGGCCGAGAUCGCAUGGUUACAGAGUCUGAUCUCCACAAGCUUCUAUACCUUGAAGACAUUGUCAAGGAAACUUUCAGGUUGCACCCUCCAGCCCCGUUGCUGAUGCCCAGGAUGUCAACUCAGGCUUGUGUUCUGGGCGAGUCUUUCGACAUUCCCAAAGGUGCCACCACCAUUAUCAACUUUUAUGCCAUUGGUAGAGACCCAAGAGUUUGGGAUAAGCCUGAAAAGUUCUGGCCGGAGAGGUUUCAAGGAUCAACAAUCGAUGUUAAGGGCCAGGACUUUGAGCUGAUUCCAUUCGGAUGCGGGAGAAGAAUCUGUCCAGGGAUGUUGCUGGGACUCAAGAGUGUGUACCUCACGCUCGCCAACUUGAUUCAUGGUUUCAACUGGGAGCCUGUCGUUCGUGGAGGAAGCUACAAUAUGGAUGAAGCUUUUAUGUCUGUCAUAUGGCCAAAGCUACCAUUGCAAGCCAAAGUUACUUCUCUGUAA